AGAACAAGGGCAGGUCUGCCAGCAACGCUAGGACGGGAGGCAGCGCUGCCGCCAAGGGGACCCCGAUUGCCCGCACUUUGGACACCGGUUGUUUAUCCACCUGCAGGACCACGGAGGCGAGGAUGCUGCUGGCCUGGGUGCAAACAGUCCUUGUCAGCAACAUGCUCCUAGCAGAAGCCUAUGGAGCCAGAGGCUGCUUCUGGGACAAUGGCCACCUGUACCGGGCGGACCAGCCUUUGCCCGCGCCAGGCCUCCGCUGUCUUAACUGGCUGGAUGCACAGAGCGGCCUGGCGUUGGCCCCCGAAGCGGGCGCCGGCAACCACAAUUACUGCCGUAACCCGGACCAGGACCCGCGCGGGCCCUGGUGCUACGUCAGCGGCAAAGCCGGCGCACCCGAGAAGCGGCCGUGCGAGAACCUGCGCUGCCCAGAAACCCCUUCCCAGGCUCCACCAGCCCCCAUAACGGAAAGGGAGGCCUCUGAAAUGCCAGGGGAAGAUGAAGCACAGGUGUUCCCUCCUGCCAACGCCCUACCCGCCCGGAGUGAGGCAGCAGCUGUGCAGCCUGUGAUUGGUAUCAGCCAGCGUGUGCGGAUGAACUCCAAGGAGAAGAAGGACCUGGGGACCCUGGGCUAUGUGCUGGGCAUCGCCAUGAUGGUGAUCAUCAUUGCCAUUGGAGUUGGCAUCAUCUUGGGCUACACUUACAAGAGGGGGAAGGACUUGAAAGCACAGCAGGAGCAAAAAGCCUCUGAGAGGGAGAUGGAGCGAAUCACCCUGCCCUUGUCUUCCUUUACCAACCCCACCUGUGAAAUUGUGGAUGAAAAAACUGUUGUGGUCCAUACAAGCCAGACUCCAGUCGAUCUUCAGGAGGGCAGUGCCCCCCUCAUGGACCAAGCUGGCACUCCAGGGGCCUGAGCCCGCACAGUAGGCAGCAGCCAUGAGAUGGUGUAGGACAGCCCACCCUCUGACACCUGGGAGCAUCUACACUUUUUGUUGUGGUUAAAACCCUCCUUCCACUUUCUUUUGUGCGUGAGUCCCAGUAGCAGACAAAAGCGGAUGGUGCUGUGGGCUAAGGGCCAGGCUGGGGAGGGUCCUGCCAGUGCUCCUUCACCAUCCCUUGGAGCAGGAUUUUGCCUGUGGAUGGUGCUGCUGACAAGGGCUUCAAAACAUUGCCUGUAGCCCCAGAACCAAACCAGGGACGGACAGGGAGCAUCUCCAGGCUCCUUUGUGCUUUAUCAUCUGACACGGCCUCAGUCUCCACCUUCCCAUUUGUUCUUCAUGGCCUUGAGUGGCACACAAUGUUAUUCACAGUUCAGGUAAGCAAGCAGAGAGAGGAGGCAUUUUAAAAAUACAUAGUUUUUAAAAAACUCUGGGAUGGGAACUCCCUACUAACCUUUGAGAACCAGAAAUGAGUUUGUACAAAAGCCAGAACUGCAGGCCCAGAGAGGGACCCAGGCUGGAGGCUGCUGGGAGUGCCCCAGCCUGCUGGCAGUGAUGUGCCUUGUCAGCUGUGGGCCGGGCCUGGGCCCAGGGACUCUUCCUGUUUUGAAAGUAAAGAAAGAGAAGAACUGCACUGAACAUUCCACUUAGGAUGAGGGCAGAGAAGGAGCCACUCCUUACCUUAGGCUGCAGGGGCAGAGACAGCCCCAGACAGUGUCUCCUCAGGGUUGGACAGUGACCUCACUUAUUUUCGCAGGGCUAAGAGCAGCCAGCCAAUCCAUGGGAGUUACACUGUGGGACCCUGUGAGCUGCUUCUGAAAGGUUAACCUGGGAACUAACCCCAUAGACCAGGUGAUAAGUGCUUCAGGCCUUGUCCCUGCAGGCUCCUAAGUUUGCAGGUAACCCUGUGGCCUCCAGGCCAGCACCUUCUAGUGGGGCUAAGGUCACAACCCCUAACUUGUAAAACAAUCGCAGAAGUAUUGUUAAGGGAUCUAAGUUCUUCAAGCCUUUUGGACACAGGGCCUAGGGAGGGAACAUGAUAGAGCAAGCUACUGGCAUGGCCAAGAGGAGAACCCAGCUUGCUGACUGGGUGCAGUAUUUCCCCACUGCAGUGUUGGGGCUCAGCAGGGUCUCCAUACCUUGCUCUCCCACUCGGAGGACUUGGCGGUAUGCCCCACCCACAGAGCUUCCUUCCCAAAGCCCUUUCACUUCCACUUGAACUCCAGUCAGGUGGGGAGGGAGGCUAGCAUGGCUUAGUCCCUUCAGCAGGCUGUGUCUGGGAGCUGUCUGCUGAGAGACCUAGGCCUUUGGUUGGUCCCUUGGUGGUAGUGACACUGGAGAAGAAAUUACUGGUUUCUACUUUUCUAAAAAAGCAUUUCUCAGUAUACGUUUUAUAUACCUCAUUCUGAUACCUGUAUAUAAAGUGCAGGAAAUUGCUCUUCAUUUGACUUACAUAAAUUAAAAACAAAACAAAAAGGA